AUGGACGCUGGAUGUUUCGUUCAAUUCGAUAGAUUUAGAGGGAAAGAAGGUCUAGUCCAUGUUUCUCAGAUGGCUACUAGAAGAGUUGACAAGGCAAAAGAUUUUGUGAAGCGUGAUAUGGAGGUUUACGUCAAAGUGAUAUCUAUUUCGAAUGAUAAGUAUAGCCUUUCUAUGAGAGAUGUUGAUCAGAAUAAUGGCACAGAUUUGAUCCCUCUGAAGAAGCCUACAGAGGAUGAUUCAUCCAGGAGUAAUCCGUCGUAUAGAACAAGGGAUGGACAAGUCACCAAGACUGGGAUUUCGGGGAUCCGUAUCGUGGAGGAGAGUGAUGUUCCGCCUUCACGUAGGCCAUUGAAGAAGAUGAGCUCCCCUGAGAGAUGGGAAGCGAAGCAGUUGAUUGCCUCUGGUGCCUUGAAGCAGAGUGAGUUUCCAAAUUAUGAUGAGGACGAAGGUGGGAUGCUUUAUCAAGAGGAAGGUGCUGAAGAAGAAGAACUUGAGAUUGAGAUGAACGAAGACGAACCUGCUUCUUGCAAGGGCAGACCAGUCCGCCCUCACCAAGGAGAGGAGAGAAAUGAAGGAACAGCAGCAGAGAACAAUGCUUGA